UUCAGCCAGCCUGUACUUUACUGGUUCCAAGGAGACAUCUUUAAUGCAUGCCCCAGUAGGAAGCGUAGGUUAUAGAGAAACUAACAAGUUCUCAGAAAGGGAGAUAAACACAGUCAGCAGCUGGCUAUCUCAGAGCAGACUGUCCUACAAGUAUGUCAAGAUUCAGACUUCUCCGUGUCACUUCGGUGAUCUCAACAACAGGAACCUUCUGUUUGCUGCUGCUUCAGUUGGUGCUCUCGGACCUACAAUGUGAAGAAAAUGAAAUGUAUGUACAUUACAAUGAUCAACAUCCUAAUGGCUGGUAUAUCUGGUUCCUCCUGCUGAUUUUCUCCGUGGCUCUUCUCUGUGGAGUGGUGCUCUGCUGCCUCCAGUGCUGGCUGAACAGACGCCAGGCUGAUUCCCCGAGACGCACGGUGGCCAUAUUUACUGUUGGAGACUUGGAUCCCAUUUAUGGAACAGAAGCAGCUGUGGGUCCCACUGUUGGAAUUCACCCUCAAACCGGAAACCCUGAUCGGUGUUCUGGUCCACGUUUUGGCACUGUAGGCCCCCCACCUGCAUAUGAAGAAAUUCUAAAAACAAGCCAAUUUUAAGUCUAGAGCAUCAAUCGAAUGUACUAGAAAUAAUUGUUCAAAAAAAAAAUGAAAGAAAAAAUUGUAAUGACAGAACAUCAAAUUUAGGAAUAAUUCUUUUACUUAAUAGUGGUGAUCUAUGGAUCUAAUCUGAAAAAUGAAUAUACACAAAAUCAACAUAGGAAAGGAACUUGGGUCCCAGAGAAGUCUCAGUACUGAACUGUUGGACUCUGGAUGUCUCGGCCCUGUUAUCCUUUAAUGCUACCCAAGCAAGUUUUGCUGCACUACCCAAAUGGCAGGAAUCAGAUGCCGGGGGAGUCCCCGUUGAUUUGGCUCUUACUGCAGCACACGUCACACCAUCUCUGUUGCCGUAUUAUCAUCUUUAUCUUACCUCUUCUUCACAUGGAGUCAAUAAAAAUGAUCACAAUUUAACACUAGCAGAAAUUUAGACAUGCCAAACCCAUAACCCAAGUGACAAAAUCUGAAUCAGGGUAAAGAAAGAGAGAAGUAAAAAGAAAAGUUUAGAGUUGAAAAGUGAAGAAUA